AUUGGCUUUCGAACACAUGGUCGAUCUAGUCGACGAAAGUGCCAGUGAAUCUUCGCCAGAGACAAGAAGUUCCAGCGACGGUGACCCGACCCGGUAUGCCCGACGUACCGCGAACCUCGACGCCCGGGUCGAGGUCCGAUUCGACCCGAAGCGAGGCCGCGGAUUGUUCGCUCUGCGAGAUAUUCCGGCGGGGACAGAGGUGAUGCGAGUGCCCGCGGCAGCGGCAGUGUUGCUGGAUCGCAGCAGGAAGGGCUCGUGCAGUGGGUGUCUGCUACCGACCGACACAGUUGGUAGCCUGGAGGCAUGCCACGGCUUCCCCCUCAGCUUCUGUGCUGCGUGCAAGAAGGCUACCACUGUCGGCGGCGUAAGCGGUGUUCACAACAGCGCCACGUGCGAGCUCACGAAGGAGUUGAACACGAUCUGCGCGACAAGUGGUGGAAUCGACAAGGACAGCCUGAGACUCGCGGCCGAUGUGUUCGUGCGGAGAAAGGCAGGCUUAUUCGAUGAUUCUGAGUGGGGCUUGCUCAACAGUCUCGAGAGUCACGACAACGAGGCCCACACGAUGAGCCUAGCCCCUGCCGAGCUCCACAAGUGCACCCGUCUGUUCAAGACCCUGGUGGAUACCAACAUUUCGGACGAGGACGUCCAGGCGAUGUACCGCAGGAUCACUCGCAACGCGCACACGGUGUCCCCCAACACAUCCAAGCCUGGCUUUGGCUCGGUCCAAGGGCUCUUCCCCUGUGGGGCUUUGGUAAAUCACUCUUGCCUGCCCAACACGUUUUUCCACUGCGUGACGGAAUCUUCUUCUCCCGAGGGCAGGCCGGUCGUUAAGCAGGUGCUGCGAAGCAUCCGCAACAUCCGCGCGGGAGACGAGCUCUGCUACUCGUACCUGUCCAGUGGUUCCGCCGUCGGUACCGUGUCUGAACGCCGCGAUCUCCUUAUGGGCUGGGGCUUUCGAUGCGCUUGCGCGAGGUGCCUGAGCGAAGCUGAAGAGGAGAAACGCCUCCGAAGACAACGAACCCCGAUCGACGAAAGGGCACUGAAAAUGCUUGAACGCCUUGCGCAGAUCUCGGCCCUCGGGCAGAGGGAAAACGCACCAGCCCUGAGGGAAGAGGCGUACAUGCCGGACCUCCAGCUUAUCGCCGAAUUCUACUCGCGCGAGAAAGGGAAGCUCCUCUCACCAAUGCUGCAAUAUCGUGUGGCGGUCUUGAUGAUGGAGGUAACGGCCCUCAUCGGCGCAACGAAUCUGUUUUUCCGAUUCAUGGUUUGCGGAUUCGCAGCAGAUGAGUUGUCCGAGCUACGCAACGCCAUGGCGAUCACGUGUCGCCAACAGCAGUACAUGUUCGCCACGAAAGUCGAAGUUUGUGAUCUGGGGGAGACGCAAGCGACGAAGAAGCUGGAGGGUAUCAGGGCCGUUGGGAAGUUCGCUCGCAAUGAUGCGCGGCGACUCCAUGAGCUGUACUACGGUGGACAAUCGAAGUAGAGCAUUGGCCGCACGCUGAAAUGACCCGCCCUGUACGUGCUUUCGAUCAAUAAUCUCACCGAGUGAGGACGUCUUGAUUGUACAGAGACAAUCGAUGACUUGUUGUGUAUAUAUGUGAUUUGUUUUUGUCCUCUGGCGGACUGGAUACAUUAGACCUCAUUUCGCGUCGAUUAGCAUGCUACAUAAUUGUAGCACGUGUUUACCUGCGUGCUCUGUUGUGAAAGUUGAUGUUGUGGCUUCCUUACUGCUUGUGUUGUUUUCUUUGAAUGUUGAAG